AACACCACCGCUGGGGUUCCAUCAUCGCCGUCUCCUAUUUCUGGUCCCUUUCAAUCGCCUCUUCCACAGCAGGAUUCACCUCACCGCUCCCCUAAAUUACUGUGAAGAGUUAUGCUUGGGAUAAGAAAUGUGUGGUGCGGAGAGAGGGGGCGUGUAAUGUGGGGUACAACCCGAAACAUUUUUAUUCCUGGGAUCCGCAAGGUUUGGACUAACAUUUACGGUUCCGAUUACGGUGCACGUCUUCCUCUCAAAGGCUUGAUUCGGUUGUUCUCUAAUAUGGAAUUGAAGUCCAUAGGAGAGCGGGGUCUUGAGUUAGGAUCUUCAUCCAUGGAUGGUAUGUCUCCGGGGAUUGAUGAUGAUUCAGAGUCUUCCGAGAUGAAAUGUAUGUCAGUGCAUACGUCAAAGAUACAUAAACCUGAGAUUUGCAUGCAGUACGAGAGGAUUUUGAGAUGGUAUUUGUUGCGAAAUUGAGCAAAGAAGACAAUUGUGGCGAUGUUUUCAAAGAGAGCACAAAAUGUCUUCCCACUUACUCUCUCGUUGUACCAUUUAAGGAGUCGCAUCGUCGUAACAUUAUGUGUGAGUGCCUUGACUUGGUUGAUCAGGGUAGUUUUAAAUGUCUCCUUGUGAAUGUCAAGAAAGGCCUGGUGGUACAUGGACAUCCUGAUUUCAUGUCGCUUCUUACAGAGCAUCUUCAGAAACUAAAACAGGAGAGUUCAUUCGACUUCCUGCGCUCUUAUAAAAGGAUUUCCAAAAUGCUAUGGCCUGUGAAUCCCGAAGAGCAGAAAACCCCCUUCCCAACUAUAAGAUCAUGUCCAAUAACCAGUAAAUUGAAUCAUGCGGAACUUGAAUAUGAAGAUCACAUCAAUAUGAUGGUUUCUGUAUCAAAAACGCCAUUUCCCAUCGAGAUUGGCCAGUCUUAUGAAGGUGACUAUCUCAGAACUCAGCACUAAGGUUGUCGCAGUGUACGUGUGCCUUGAUGGACAUCUCAUUCCCACUCUCGCGAAGGUCUACAAACAAUCCAGGGCUCAAGGGCUAGAAUUUGAAAUAGUGCUGGUCCAUGCACCUUUUGUAGCUAACUCUCUUGACCCUGAGGUUUGCAUGGCAAAUUUUGAGAGUUCAUUGCUGGCGUGGAAUGCAUCGUGGUGUUGGUUUCCAUGUUCCAGCCGUCCUGACAAGCACUUCAACAGUUCUGUAAACUGUAGGGUCAGGCGAUGUAUUAAAGGGAAUUGGUCAGAGCAUAUCAUCAUCGCGGGACCUCAAGCUACAUUUGUCGAACGUUACGGAACAGAAAUGGUGAGUUUGUGUGGGAUUGACGCGUACCCAUUCAGUAUUGAGGGCAUUAUUGGAACAGAGUUGGAAAAGCUUGAGAAACUCACCCUGGAGUCGCUGCUGGAAUAUGGGGGGGCAAGAAAGUACUUCUUUACCUAGAUACCCUUAGUCACUACCGUCUUGCUAUGAAAGUGAGAGAGAGGUAUUUUGAGAUAAAGGAAAAUGAUCCUGAUGUUGAGGUUGUCCUUGUUCGCCGCCGGCAUGACUCCCCUGCUGCAAUGCAGGGGGAUGAUGUGGCAGAUGUGCAACUAUCUGAAAUGUUUCCUUGUUGGUAUGUGUGCCCCUUUGACCCUCAGCACUCGGCGUACGUGGAGGAGACACUCUUCAAGUGGGGUUUGAAAUAUGAUGCCAUUGCUCAAUUUGGAACAGAUGGCAGGGUUUGUUCAUUGGGAUCACUGUUUCGUCUAGUAGCUGUUGGUGGAGCCAAAAGAGGUAUUCGGUUUGAUAAAUCUUAUCUACGCCAUGAUAUCUUUAACCAUUUGAGAUACCAAGGAUACUUGAUGUGUGCUAGGCCCCCCCCACCCUUUGGAAUGUUAGGGCUUGUUCUCUUCGUCUUAUCUGAUUCUAUCUAAGAAUAAGCUAAGUAAGAAGAAGAAUAAGUAAAAGAAGAAAAAAACACUCUUAAUUUAGCUCUUUAGUUUUCUUUUCUUGUGAUCUGCAUAGCUUGCAUCUAUUUAAUUUUGUUCACUUUUCUUUAGUUUGGUUUCAUCAUCUUCUUUAAUGUCCCGUCUACAUACAUCCCUGGUGCUGGUUUGGUGUACUACGCCUAAUUCCCCAUUGGUACAGUUUCUGAAAUAUAUGCCUGCCCAUAUCUAUAUGGUAAGAUUAAUAUUAUACAGUUAAGUUUCAUGUGCUUAGUUGGGUGAGAAAAAGACUUGUAUACAUUUAUUUUGUAAAUGUGUGCUUUAAAGUGCACACUUAGGAAAACCAGACAAUGCAUUUGUAAGUGCUUUAAAGAGCUGCCUUUGUUGUCAGAAUUGCAACACCUACAUCGUUCGAAAGUUCUCCUGAAGAUUUUGUGUUAGCAUUCCCUUUGGUGGUGCCUUGGUGUGAGCCUUUCCCGUGCAAAUUUAGAAUGAUCAGUAAGCUCUCUUUGCUUCUUUGGUUCUAUUCUAACCCAUCUAAAGUUAAUGCUUUUCUUCUUAUAAUUUUAGUUGAGUAAAACUAAGGUAUAUCCACAUAGUUGAGGGAUUGCAAAAAUGACAGAUGACCCAGUUGUAGCAAAACUGAAUGUGGAAGUUCCUUGGUUAGGUCUAUUUUCACACAUAUUCUGACUAUAGAUGGCCUAUUCAGAGAUAUGGUACCAGAAUUGGCCUUCAAUUGUUUUCCUAUCAUAUUAGCAUUAGAGAAAAGGGAUACAAAAUCAAAUUAAUGAAUUGGUAGUCCUUCC